UUGCCCUGCGUCGUGGACGCAAUCCAGGACGCCAAGUGUUCCGCAUACGACAACGAAUGCAUAUGCUCGUCGGCAAGGUUCGACAAAGAGGCCCACUUUUGCGUUCGCACCCAUUGCACCCCGAGGGAGACUCUCACGGCCAAAAACAUUACGUAUCAAUGGUGCGACCAUCCCAACGAGGGAGACCGGACGCUUCUCCCCGCCUUUUCCAUCUUUCUGGGUCUCGCCAUUGCCGCCGUGGCUCUGCGGUUGGUAGCCCGAGUGGUGACGGAGGCCUGGUUCUGGUGGGAUGAUUUGUGCAACUUUUUCGCCAUUGCUGGGUGUGCUGCGUACACGGGGUUGUACAUCGAGGCGGUCCACUUUGGGAUGGGAAAAGACAUCUGGUUCGUGCCGUUUGACAACAUCACCAAGAUCAUGCAGACGUACUUUGCCACCAUGUUGACGUACGUGACGACUCGAUUCUUCAUCCGCGCCUCCAUCAUCCUCUUUUACCUUCGAGUCUUUCCCGCGCAGUCCGACUUUAGGCUGGGCAAGGUGAUUGUCUGGACGGGCGUGUUCAACAUUUUUUACAAUAUCGCCUUCUUCUUCGCCUCCUUGCUUCAGUGCCAACCGAUAUCAGCGUUUUGGACGGCGUGGGAGGGCGUUGGGAAGGAUCAGUGCGUCAACCUCAACGCGUUGGCUUGGUCGGCGGCGGCGACGGGGAUAGCGUUUGAUUUAUGGCUGCUGGCUUUGCCGUUUCCGCAGCUGCUGUCGCUCAAUCUGCACUGGAAGAAGAAGUUGAUGGGGUCGAUGAUGUUUCUUGUGGGCGCAGCUGUGAUUGUCAUCAGCUUGAUCCGGCUCAAGACUAUCAACGCGACCACCCGGGCUGUCAACCCUACUAAGGAUACGGUGGACCUCUCCCUGUGGAGUGGCAUCGAAAUCGACGUGGGCGUUAUCUGUCCCUGCCUGCCUAGCUUCCGACUCCUCCUGCGAAAGGUCCUACCGCGCCUGAUGGGAGAGUCUACAAGGUCGUACGAGCUUGACCCAAUCUCCAAGGGGGAAGGAGGCGUGACGGUGACGACCAAGAUCUCGGCCCAUAUUGAGCCGUCGGGGAAUAACGGGAUAUUCUUGCGGCCGCACAAGGACUCGAACACGGGGAGGAGCUGUGAGAGUGUUACUGGACUGGUGGAGCUGUCGGAUGAGGAGAGUAACCAUGGUCGGCAGAAGGCGUAA